GGUUGGGGUGAUGGGUAGGGGUGGUGAGAGAAAUAAUAAUAAUCCCUUGUGGAUUGUGGCAACAGAGUAAUUAAUUGAGGGAUGUGUGGGUGAGUUGGUUGGCGGAGAGAAGAGAGUGGUUGGUGGUGGUGAGUGGUGUUGGUGGUGGUGAGUGGUGUUGGUGGUGUUGUUGGUGGUGGUAGGAGGGCGGGGACCGUGGUGCCGCGCUCCAGAACUCUUUAUCCGGUCACUCCGCCGCCGCCGCCUUGCCUCGGGCCGCUCGUCUCUCUCGCUCGCUCGUUAACCGUGCGGUUUAAAGCAAUACCGGACUCGACGACGGCAGAGCGAUUUGGCCGGGCAGGAACGGGUCCAGUCGACCGAUUCGUUUGCGCGAUUUAAGCGGAAAAGACCGUGAGGCGGGAGGGCAAGGGAGGGCGUUGGACGCCGCUCGGAUACGGCGCGCCGAGCCCGGUUGGGAGGCGACGAGACCAGCGAGGUUUCUAGGAAAGACCGUAGGCUUCGAGGCCUUUAGCCGGCAAAAAAAAUUACGGUUUAAUUUUGCCGAUUUCUUUUAUUUAAAUAGCUUUGAUUUAUUUCGCCCCUCUUUAAACGACAUUUGGUUUAUUCUGUGAUCGAACGGUGUAAAAUGUUUAGGUCGUAUGCCGGUUAAAAUAACUAUACAGUAACUGUGAGUGCUUAUUACAGUGUAUGUCAUAGACGGGUAAGAGGCAGGAGAAAGACCGCUUACUUUCCCUCGUGUCGUGCCCAGUUUAGUUUAAAGAGUUUUGGGUUUAAUAGCACCGCCGUUUGAUUAAAAGUGCGGUAAUGUUAGUGUAAAUGUUUUAUUUAGGUCACGUGCGUGGUCACAACUGCAGUACCGCGUCCUGCUACGACUAUCCACCAAUUCGAGGCGAGCUCGUGAAGGCGACGCGAGUUUUUAGGUCGCACUGCUGUGUCAGCAUUUUGCUUUUACCAUUUUAACGUAAGUAAUUUUAAUUACAACACCGUAUACAUCUAUUUGCAUACAAAAAUAUCGAUUUCAUCCGCUUUGCGGUUCAUUAUCCGGCGGGAGUGUUGGACACGAAAGGGCGGAUAAGUUGAGUACUGUACACGAGCGGAUCAGCAGUUUCCCUCUAAGUAAUUUUUUAAAAUAUAUUAUAAACAAUUUACAUGUUCACAGUGCCGCUAUUUUGAAAGGUACAACAUUAACAGACGGAGCGACCCUUUUAUUUCUACCGCACCGAGGUAGAGAGAGCGGCGAGUUUCCGCGGCGUUGUCCGGCCUCCCUUGCGUCGGUUUCACAUCGGUUUACCCCCCCCGCGGGGGAAAUCGACGGACAAUGGGGAAAUUCCUCUCCAAGAUGUUCGGCAACAAGGAGAUGCGCAUUCUCAUGCUGGGCCUGGACGCUGCCGGCAAGACCACGAUCCUGUACAAGCUCAAGCUCGGCCAGCCCGUCACCACCAUUCCCACGGUGGGCUUCAACGUGGAGACUGUCACCUACAAGAACGUGCGCUUCAACGUGUGGGACGUUGGCGGCCAGGACAAGAUCAGGCCCCUCUGGCGACACUACUACACGGGCACGCAGGGACUCAUCUUCGUGGUGGACUGCGCCGACCGAGACCGCGUGGACGAGGCUCGGCAGGAGCUGCACCGCAUCAUCAACGACCGCGAGAUGCGCGAUGCCAUCAUCCUGGUGUUCGCCAACAAGCAGGACCUGACCGACGCCAUGAGGCCCCACGAGGUGCAGGAGAAGCUCGGACUGACCAGGGUCCGUGACCGCAACUGGUACGUGCAGCCGGCGUGCGCCUCCACUGGCGACGGUCUCUACGAGGGCCUCACGUGGCUCACGUCCAACUACAAGUCGUAGCGUGGAUGGCGUGCGUGGCUGCCCAAAAGGACUCCAUCGCUGUCGUCGUCGUCGUCAUGAUCGGCGGCAACAGAUAACAACACCAGAUGCCACUUACCCACUUGUUCAAGGCAACCGGCCAUCGUCAGCCCGAUAGGUGAGGAACGCACCUUAGACUUGCUUGGGUCACUGGCUGACAUGUCAAUCUGUUGUGCAGUGUGGGAUUUGGUGGACAAAACCACUACCGUUCAGCAAGAUUGUCCGCCCGCUCACGUGGUGAAGAGAUGGAGACACUUGGGCCACCCUGGAGCCGACAUUGGUUUGCCCCGUGUGAACUGGAGAUUUGGUGGCUAAAACCUAUCGCCAGCAUUUUUCACCUGCUCACCGGGUGAGACAGACACACUAUCUGCCUGAGCUCAAGUUGCCAUCAACUGAAGCAGCAGUGUGAUGAAUAAAAAAUAUAAAAUAAUUACUUGCCACCAACGCCUGCUUGCGCAGAGAAAAAAACAGAGACACCUGAAUCUGCAUUUUUGUUUGCCACCAUUUACACACCCUAACAUGCAAGAGGACACCUGACUGCCUGGGCCUCCCUGAUCUGAAGUUGCUUGGUCAGGUGUUUGCUUUGUGUGCUCAGUGGAAGUGUGGUCAUCUUAUCACGUUGCUGCUCACCAACAGAAUUGAAAAUCUUAAGAUUGAUUGGGCCCUAAGUUGGGCUGAAGUUUAAUUUUUUUUUAGUGUAUGGUGGCUAAACCCAUCACCAACAUCGCCGUGACCCACGCAGCCGCAAUGGGGACAAUGACAAGAGACUUGAUCCACCUUUGUUUCGAAAGAAUGAAGUUGAUGUCUCAUUUACCCCAGGUUUUUUACGGGUGGAUGGUGGCCCAAUUGCCAUAUUUAUCAACCAAGCUUGGGUUUGUGUUAAGAGUAUUUGCCAAGGCAUCUGGUUCUGCCUCGUGUUGGAGUAAGAAGGCAGGUUGGCCUUGUCAAUGACCGAGAAGCUGCGUCACCUCACAUUUCUUCCUGGUUUUUCUGAGACAACGGUGAAACCCAGCUCAGCCUUGGGGCGCGUGAACCUUUCCACCGGGCAGACUGCUCUGCUCUCUCGUCGACAACUGAGAACUCUGCUGUCUUGACUCUGAUCCCUUUGUUGCGCUUGAACUCUAGAGGUGAAAAAAUCCCUUUCAGGAACAAGGUGGAUCAGUGGAGUGGCACUGGUCUUAGAGGCCAGAGGGGCCAGGCUUGUCUCCUGACACUCGUUGGACCUCUGACUGUGGACGCUGCUGUGUCUACACCUGGAGUACUUAUACCACAUUUCGAAUGAUGUAUGAUGUGUUUGGCGAUGAAAAUAAUGGUAUGACAAGCACAGGCGUCUAUUUUUAUAUACGUGUAAAGUUGUACUUUUGAGUGCGCUUCUCAAACAGCAACUGGGUUCUAAUGUGGUUCAGGUCUUUGGCUCUCGCAGGCGUGGUAGGGGUUUAUGGCCAUGCCCGAUUGUCAUUGUAUUCUCUUAAAACGACGGCACACACUUGCACACAAUCAUCACUGAGCGAGGUAGCUAGUGCAGUAUUUUCUGACUUCAAGAUUUGGGUUUUCAUUAUGUUGUGUAAUUAUUAUGACUUACGAGAGCUGCAGUUUAGGGCCAUAACGUUUGCUCACUCAGUUACACGAAUGCAUAUUCAUUGGUAACCAACAACAAAAAUCCCAUGUGUUGAGGCUGGCACUUAAUGACCACAAUUGUGUGUGUGUGGCUGUGUACGCUCGUGUAGAUGUUUUGCGUGGUUUGUGUGUGUGUGUAUAUGCUCGACAUUGCUUGAGGUAUUGAAAUUGCUAUCUUAAGCCCAGGCGUGGUUCUGUCUUCGGUCCACGAAGCUUAAAGCGAGUUCCUGGUGUUGUUGGGUGGUCAGUGUCAGCAUAGGGGGAGACGGAGGGGUGUCCGAGCCAUACGUGGUUCUGGCCAUGCCAACACCUUGUGCUGUGUGCCGGUCUGCUCACGAACCAGCACUUGUCCCAGCAGUCUUCAAUGAUGGAUCUUUUGCGUUCAUAUAAGUUUGUGCGUGCGUGCUCGUGGUGUGGCUGUGUGUGUGUGUGUAUGCCUGUUUUGUGUGCGUGCGUGCGCGAAUUCGGCACUUGGUUGACUGCGCAACUGUCGGGGCUGAUCUCGUAAUAGCUCCGAAGCACGCGGCGACGCAGCGCCGCUGUUGAAACUGUCUCUGCCGCUCGCCAAUGUUUUCCACGAGUUUAAAAUCGUUUUAAUCGCAGAUCGUACAAAAAAAAACCCC